UGUUAUGAUUUUCGCUGGCAGUGUGUGCGUUCAGCGUUCGCGCAUUGACACAACUAUCCUACCGCACGUACAGUGUGUGCAGCCACUUGCUUGUGCUGUGUGUGCGUGUCGGCGACUCGUCGCACGGAUAAUGCCAAGACGUGAUUACUCAAAAAACCAAGAUGGACGCGGUUGUACUGCAAGUGAAAAGCGUCGCUCCCGCAUUUCGUGUCGAAAAAAGUGUGUAAUACGGUGUAAAUCUGUCCAAAAUAUGCGUUUGCAAUCAAAAAACAAUAAUGUGUUCGAACAACUGUGAAUAAAAACAAAACGAUCAUAAACAUAAUUGUGCAUAAACGAAAAAUAUACAAAACAAUUGUGACAUUAAAACACAUCAAACCAUUACCUGUACAGCACCGUAUGCAUCUACAACGCGUAUCAGAUGGUAAUGUUGUUGAAUGAUCGAAUCGAAAGUUUGUGAAAUAAUAGUCCUGUCCAAAAUAGUGUGCCGCGCAUCGAGUGGCGUGAGAAAAUAAUUGUGUUCGAAUGUGUGUGUUCACUUCGCUUAAUCGUGUGCGUGUUUGGGUAUAAUUGUGGUAAAAAGUUGUAGUGCAAGUGUAGUGAGUGUGUGAAGUUUUUAAGCGUUAGAAGAAAUAGUCCAGAAUUGUUUUCUUGAAUGGGUAAUUUGUUUUUACACGUGGUGUGAAGAAUGUGCAAACGUGUGUAUCUUGAAAGAUCAUCGUGUGCGCGUGUUUAUAAAUUGGCAAAGUGAACCUAUAUGUUAUUCUGAAAGUUUUGCGUCGGAACGAUUUGAAGUAACAGCAGACAACUAUUCAACAGAAGCGGAGUAUCAACUGUAACAAAAAUAGCGACGAAGACGUCUUCGAAGGGUAGAUCAUCCGGUACUGGCGGUAUUCCCACCAACACCAUCGGCAUCCGGUACCGCUCAAACAGUUCUCAUGGGCCACCGUGGCGGAAAAUUGCCGCCGCGAUGUCCACACUUACCAACCACGCCAACAAUAACAACAAUAACAACAGCGCCAGUAUCCAACAACAUCAAUUUUCGCCUCAAGGUGCAACGCCACCAACAUCGACAUCCACCAGCGUCGUGGGUUCUUCAGCUGCGGCAACAAGCAACAGUUUCAGCAACAACUUCCACGCAUCCGACUGUAUCAACAUUAUCAACAACAACCUCAACAGCGCCACUAGCCAAAGCCAACCGACUGCAACGACCACGUCAACAACGGCUUGUAAUAGUAGUAGUAGCGGUGGCGUCGUCAGUGGGAUUCUCGGCGUGCAGGAAUUUAGCGCCAAGCUGUUCCUACCGUUUUCCCGCUCGAAGAUGAUGCACUCGUCAUCGGUCAACGCGACGGCCAACACUUCGGCCGAUCCAUCCACCCUCGACACUAUGGAAGGCCCAAUAGCCGGUCCGUCGAAGGGCGCGACUGGAAAUAUUUUUACUAGCUCCACCAUCGGCAGUGCUGGAGCGAGUCGUGGCUCAACCCUGGUCAUACCAGAGGCGCUGAAUGUGGUGUUGCAUGGUUAUCAGCGCAAGCAGAAGACGAACAAAAAGAAGUACUUCGUUGUGUACGGCGAUCGGCCGGGAUUGCCAGCCCGUCUCGAGUACUUUGACAGUGAGAAAAAGUUUAAGCAGUCGUUCUUGAAAAGUGGUAAUUGUGAGGGACCGACACCGAAGCGCAGCAUUGCGCUUCGUUCCUGUUUUAAUAUCAACAAACGUCACGAGACGAAGAAACACAUCAUCGCACUGUACACCAAGGACGAUUGCUUCUGCAUUUUGUUCGAAAGCGAGGACGAGCUAAAUCGGUGGCUGCGUACGCUGUUGCGGUUGCAGCGCGGUGAGGAAUCGGAGGGAGAUCCCCCCAAACCUACAUUCGAACACGUUUGGGAUGUUUACGUGCAGCGCAAAGGUCUCGGCGACAGUUAUGGCAUCCUUGGCAACUAUCGGCUCUGCAUUACCGACAAAAUCCUAUCAUUGGUCCGCAUCGGAAUGGAAUUAACGCCCCACCAGGAAAAACGGGCCGAUUUGGUCGAGUUUUCUUUGGCAUCCAUACGACGAUGUGGACACUCUCAGCGCUACUUUUACCUGGAGGUUGGUCGUAGCUCAAAGACAGGAGCGGGUGAAAUAUGGAUGGAGGUACAGGAUUCCAUCAUUGCGCAAAACAUGUACACUACCAUCAUGAAAUCGGCGAAAAGUAAAGACGAUAACCUCGGUCCCAUGAUACGAAUACGAUCGUCUUCGGCGAACGCCGCCUCGAAACCCACAUCGAUGCUGUUCCGCCGUCAAACGCACACCGGCCAGAAACCGAUGAACUGCUCGCCGUCAAGUGAGGAUCAGUCAAACAAUGCUACAAACUCCGAAUCCUCGUCGUCGGCCACCAGCAUUAAUACGGUCGUGCUGGUCGGUUCGCCGCCGAAAGGGUACGGAACGAAUAAUUCUGGAACACCGAAUUCGAAACCAAGAUCAGUAGUAGUAGCGAAUCCAAACCUACCGGCAUGUGCGGAAAAUAUUCCGUUAAGUUCGAAUGCUACCACGUCUUCUUCGACGAACGCUACUGUUACUUCUGCUACUUCCACCAACAACGCUACUUCUACUUCCAUCGCCACAACUAUUACUAUUAUAACUACUGCCACUUCCUCUACUGCCACUACUAGUAUGGCGAAUUCUGUCAAUCCCGAUUCCUACCAUGCGCCUACGAUCGUUCCUUUUGCGGGCCACACUCAUACCAACUCCUUGACAGCUGCUAUCUGCUCUACGUUCGCCAGUACUCCUGCUGCUAUGUUUACCUGUUCGCACAGCAGCACUUCCUCACUAACGAGCAUUGGUUCCUGUUCUCCGAGCGAUGCGUAUGUUCCGCUUGUACCCGGGACCAUCGGUCGCAGCACCAGUCCCAAUCAGCAACCACUGUCCGCUGUGGUUGCCGGUGGUAUCAAUGUUGGUGGUAGUGGUGCGACUGUCUACGUGUCUCGGAGCGGUUUAAUCGGCUCUCCACGUCUCGGAGUGACUGCUCAGUCACCGAGCUAUCGGCGUAUGUCGCUCAAAAAAUCCACCACCGAAAGUUGUGGCGGUAAGACGGCGAAAAUGGAAGCUACCAAUUCCUCGCCGUUGCUGUCGUCCAAGCAACGAGGGGGUCAGACUUCACGUCACUAUCAUCAUCAGCCGCAGCAGCCGCAGCAACACCUACACGGCACUGCCAUGCUUCCACCAACCGCUUCCUCCCACUUUUCCCAUCAUCAUACUCUACUUCAACAUCCCCAUCAUCAUCAUCAUCCUUACCUUCACCAUGGCACACAAACACCGUUAAACGCCUCAGUAGUAGCGACCAGUGCAGUAGGACACCCAGCAACACCAAAUUCGGUUGCACCAAAUUCGGUUCAUACUGCUACUGGAAUCGUUGGCACUAGCAGCUGUAGCAGCAGCAGCAGGAGUAGCAGCAGCAGUAGCAGCAGCACGAGCACCAUCGCCGUUACCAAUGAGUUUUCGUCCUCCUCGACUGACCAUGUUACAUCCGCAUCCUCCACAGCCGGGGUGGUGUUCCAUCAAAGAGCUUUAUCAUUGCCAAGCGCUCCCAUGUUAGGCCAUUCUUCCCAUAGCAAUACGAAUCAUUUGGGUGCACUCCAUGCUACCGGUAGUAGUGUCCGGUCCUCCUCCCAAAGUAGCGUUUCUGUGGCGAGUUCUGGGCAAGGUCCGGGCAGCAACCAUGGGCAGCAGCAUAUUGUGACCCUGUCGGCUUCUCUGUCAACAUCAUGUGCGUCUUCCACCGGCACGAUUCAGCCGGUUCACUACCGUACCCGUUCAUUGCCCCUGACAGAAGAGUCGGCUAUUGGAGUCACGAAUGAACGAUCGGUAGGACAGUGUGGAUGGUGGCAGCAGCAGCAAUCUCAGCAACAUAACCAUCACCACUACAAUCAUCUCCCAUAUUCCCAGCAGCUGCACUACUCCUCAUCCUAUUCCUUCGCUAGUGCAACAAAUCAUCAUCGGAAGGCGUCUUCGGCAUAUUUACUCACACCGACGCUCACCGGCGGAGGUGGCUGGUCACCACCAGUGUCGGAAGUGUUGUGUACAUCGCCUCACUGCCACCAGUAUGAAUAUUCCCCGGAUCCCUGCAAUACCUCGUUCGCGAACCUCGUACCAUCCCGCAGCUCGAUGGAAAGUAUCAUCGAGGAUCAGCGGUACCUGCCGAUGGAUCUGAAGAAACCAUUAGCACAGGUCCCACACGUUGGCGGUCAGAGCGAUGACGCUUCUUCGUGUCCGGAGAGUAGUCAGACAGGUCAGCUACCACUAAUAAGCCGUUUGUUACGCAGCAGUAAUCUGCAGCAACCUUCCGCUGCACUUUCGUCGUCACCUUCGACGUCCUCGUUGUCUGCCGGCAAGAUGGGUCUGAUCGGGCUGAAGAUGGCUAUGAUGGCGGAUGGUGGCCGCAUUAUGAUGAUGGGUGGUGGUUCGGCCGGGUCCCCUUCGAACAACUACACCGCUAACGGUAGUGGCUGUAGUUGUAGUAGUCCCUCGUCACAGUGCAGUACCAGUAGCAAUUGCAAUCAGGCAAUCAGUAGCAAUACCACUUCCCAUAAGAGCACGAACGGUUCCUCACCGGCAGCACUGCGGCACCCGAUCGGUGGCCGCACUGCGAGCGGUACGAUCAGCAGGAGUGUUGCCAUUGCGCGUGAUCGCAGCGACAGUCUUCCAUCGCGAAAUCGGACGACUAGCGAAACAAUGCCACAUCAGCAGCAGCAGCAGCAACAACAUCAACAAUAUCUUAAUCAGCAGCAGCAUCAGCUGAUGCUAAGCAGCGGUGGUAUGCCGCCGCCUCGCAUGAUCCCGAGCAAUAAUCGGCCACACUCGGUGCACAUCAGCCAUAGCCACAGCCCGCCAGUCAAUUCUUCCCCGCUUAGCCCGCCUCCACCCGCCACCUAUUCGACUGGUUCAGAUGGGUCCUCUCUCAGCAUCGAUGAGUCAACGGAUAACUUCAUCACCGGUUCGCUAACACCGGACGAAGGCAAUGGCUACCCUAAGGUCAUUAAUCAACUCAAUUCCGGCUGCUCCAUACCGGAGGAAAAUUCGGAAGAGUUCAUCAAGGACUACGGCCAUAUAGAUUUGCGUGCCGGUUGCGGACUUUCACAGCACGACGACUUCGCGGUACCCGCGACGCGUAGAGGAGGCAGUCCAGCCCCUCCGUCCACGGUCGGUUCGGUCGAGGGUAGUGCAUACAUGGAGAUGUGCAGCCCGAGUGGUAGCUCACCCGGAGAUCCAACCGGCAGCUGCUAUAUGGCAAUGUCACCAGUGGCAGACUUUUCGCGAGGGCUGUGUUCCAGUUCUAGUGCACACAGUCGCGCGUCUAGUCUCGCUGAGGAUAUGGUCGAUGGUGCAGGGUAUGUGCCGAUGAGUAUGUCGCGUGCCAUACCACCAACCGAAGAGUAUGUUCUGAUGGAUCCAACGCUUAAUGGCGGCGUCAGCAGUAGACUCUCAAACGCAACCAGUGGUGGAGGAACGGGUAAUAAUGGUGGUAGUGGUAUUGUUGGUGGCGGCAUGUCUUCAGCAGCAUCGAGCUGUAGCAUAACUUCUGGAACACCUUCUACUGAUCUGCGCCUUUCGCUAGAGAAAGUCCCAGCGUACAUUGGGCUGAGUGACGAUCAUGAGGUAAAUGAUCGGCCAUUCCGAACGUACUCUGUGGGUAGCCGGCCGGAACUCAUAAAGCGUAAGUUGCGUGUCGAAAUGCUUAGCUCUGGCGAGAGCUCUGUGGGAGGAUCGGGCGGUUCUGCUAGUUCCCGGCAGCGCGCUUUCUCCGUCGGCUCCCGUGCCAAAGUACCGCGCUGUUCGGACGUAUACAAAGGUUACUCGGUCGCACCGGUUAUUGUAUCGUUUGCUUCUACCAGCUCCCAGGGAAGCAUGCUGGAAAGUAGCAACAAUAAUAGCUCGAGCAGUACGAGCAGCAUUUCGCAUGCGGGCAGCUUUGGUGCCUCGAUCGGUGAGAAUCUGCCACUGGACGAGCUGGCAUCUGGUGCCAUGGGUAGGAAAUCAGGUAGUGGAUCUCUAUUGCCCGAAGGCAGUGGAAAACCUCCGUCGCACGGUUCGCACGGUCGGAUGAGUGAUUUGAUGGAGAUCGACUACUCAUCGCCGCGCCAAUUGAAACCUUCGACGAGAAUAAGCGAACCAGUCGGCAUGGAGGAUUAUCUUGACAUGUCUGGCAAUAUCAACAACAACGAGGAGGAUCGUCGACCGAUGGGACCACAAGCUUCCGUUUCUGGUUACGUCGAAAUGCGCCCCGGACGCUUAAACUCACAGUCAGAAGACAACGACUAUUUGAAUAUGACUCCGGGCGCUAUCGCUGCUACCUCUCGAAUCGGUGUUGACGAACCGGACUGUCCGGGUGUUGGUUCUACCAGUUCGCCUAUACAGAUAAGUUCAUCACACGAAGUCACUGGUCCCGUAGACACGGUGGCCAGCGGAAGCAGUGCUGGACAGAAUAAUAACUACCUCGAAAUGUACCCCCGUGCACUAGCUAAAGAAAUGAAUCGGGGAAGUGCCACCGCUACGCAAGUACCUUCGGAAGAUUACCUGAAUAUGACCCCGUUGAUGAUCAGUUCGCUCGGAGAGACCAGUGGAAGUGAAGAGAAGAUGAACACGCAUCAGCACGGUGCUGAGGAAGAAUCGCUCGAAUCAUCGAGCGCUCCCGACGGGUAUAUGGAGAUGUCAUGGAACAAUAGUGUCGUGCCCUCGUCGUCAUCCGCGAAACGCAUGGACAGAAACGUGCCAACUAACGCGGAAGAAUACAUGAAUAUGUCUUGCGGCCCACAGCUGGAAGAUGCAUCGCGUGCAUAUUCUGCACCCAUCACCAUUCAACCGAGCGCCGGCAAAUGUCGACUCGACCUCAGCGGUGAAUCGAAGGUGGAAGCGGCCACAGAUAUUCCAAAUUACCUACCUCUCGGUCAGCAUCCAGAUACACGAAAGUCCGUACAUCAUCCACACGUUGCGCCAGCCACUAUUGUUUCUUUACAGCAACAUCUACCACUGUCCGCGCAAGCACCCAUCCAGACAACCACUGGUCAGCAGAGUGGUUCGAUUGGAUUUAGUCCCUCGAAGCCAGCAGAAACACCCGAACGGUCACGCUGUGAUUCGCGUGACAGUGGCAUCGUUACGCCUUCGGGUAGCCAACCAACCAUUUUUCCUUUUAGUCCGGCUAGUCCCACAAAACCGUUCGCAACCGCCUCUAAUCACGAACAGGACGUACCUAAGGUGGAGCCACUGGAGGACCUAAGUCAAAAUUAUGCCGAACUAAGCCUCGGCCGACAGCAGCUCCAGCAGCAGCAUCAUCAAGUGGACAUGCCAUCCCCAACGACACGAAAGCUUUCCACGGGAAGCAGAGGAUCUGGAUCGUUUAGCAAGCUGCAAAUAAUGCCGAGUCAGCCAGACUACGUGAACUAUUGUCCAAACACACCCCCUACCGAUGGCAUGAAUGUACAGCUGAACGUUCAACCAGCUUCGCGAAAACGUUUCGAGGACGAUGGGGCUGGAGACUACGCGCUGAUGAAUCCGGCAAGUUCACGAAAGCUUUCCACUACUUCGAUGGGAACGGGAACUUUAGGCGUACACACUUUACCUCUCGCCACCACUACUCUUGCUACCGGAAGCAUUCCCAGCACAACAGACAGCGUUUCGCCACCGGUGCUGGUGGCACGCAAGUCAACGCUACUGCUCUCUAGUCCACAGAUGGGCUUCAAACCAAUCACCUCGUCACAAGACGCGGAGUUGCUGUUACAUAGUAAGCUACCGAUGGCUUCAGCUAACUCACCGAAGGCACUUAACCUCGCACGGCGCACAGGUGAGCCGGUCUUCUCAUUUACCGAUCAGCACCAGCACCAGCUGCCGCCGUUGCAGCGCAGUAUCUCUACCGGGACGCGUCCGAGCAGUGUCAAUAGUGAGUUGAUUGGUAAGGUUUGCACCAUUGCGUCCGGUCCAACUGGUGGCACCAUUCCUCCCAGUUCCGGAGUCAGCACGCGGCCAAACUCGGCCAACAGCGAACGGCUUCCCGUCAUAUCAGCUACCUCAUCGUCCGCCUCGUCCACAUCGACGUUGUGCGAGAGCAAAAACCAAAGUCCUACCGCCUCGAGCACUGCCCUCGCUACGAUGGGUACGUCCUCUACCACUACCAGCCCCAGUGUGCCCGGAUCCCGCCCGGAUUCGGUCAGUUCUAUCACCGAUCCGAAUAUCGUUUCCCGUCCGCCCUCGGUUAGCUCGGAGCGUGAGCUACACUACGCUAGUCUCGAUCUGCCACCUUGCAGCAAGCAGCAACCGGUCGCUUCACCGUACUCUCCCGGGACGUUAAUGUUGUUGGCAGGUAGUGCUAGCAGCAACAACAACACCAGCAAUAACAACAAUACCGGUGGCGUAACUAAAAUGGACGUCGACGAACCGUUGCCUGGAUCGAACGAGCCGCGCAGCUCGAUCGACGUAAUUAAUUCCUCCAGCCCUAGCCCCAGUUCGAGCGGGUGCAAUCUGCACCAACAGCAGCAACAGCAACCGGUACGAUGUGCCGCCUUCACCUACGCUAAGAUCGAUUUCGUACGAUCACAGGCACAAAAGCAGCAUCAACCACCGGCGGGUCCGGGAUCGGGUGGUGGUACCGGUAGCGGCGGCACCAGUACACCCCAAUCAUCUCAAGCGUAAUCGGUAACAGCGAUAAACAGUGUGCAUCUUUAUGCAUUAUGUGCCACGUGGCUUUCUUAACCGCUUGUGUUGUAUUGAUUUAUCUUUAAAAAAUUGUUGUUUUUUCUUAAUAGAGGAUGAUAUAACCAAGGGGCGAAUGUAAUACCUCCUGUUCAUUAGCAAAUGGCUUUCUAGAAGCAUCUUGAAGCAUAGAAGACCCACGCAACUUUAACUGAGUUCGAUACUGAAAACGCGCAAAGGACAACAUUGAAGGAAAGGUGUAGCAGGUGGCCAUUUGGACGUGAGCUAACACGUCAACAUAAUACUGACCACUCAGAACAAAAUAAAUGUUCAUGAUAUCAGGCUGAUAUGUUAUUUUAGCAUCUUUUGUAGCACGAAUGAACUGAACGGCCUUUUCAUCAAUGACUCCAGCAUUAGUAAAUCGACCAGCUCGAGCAGUUGAGAAACACUUUUGAUAAGUAACGAACAAGCCCAUGAUACCAUUAAGACCUUGUACUAUCAUGAUUGUCCACGGACCAACCGCCUCACCUUCGAUAACCUUUAUUAUGCUGGAGUUCUCGCGCUCCCAGUUACCAUUCUUGUCGCGGGAGAACGCAACCGAAUUUUGAAUUCGAUUUUCAAAUCUGAAACAUUUAGUAUGUCGUACCGAAAGUUAGAGUUAACUUCUAAAGUUCCAAAACAUACAUUUUUGAAUUCAGUAUUCGGUUUGAAUAAAUUAGUCACCAGCGGAAAGUUAGCCUCAAUUGGCUUAGCUCUCCCGGACAAACCACGUUUGUCGUCACGACGGUGGUCUCCAUAGUGAAGGGAGAGAGGAGUUCGGCAUGGUUCGUAGUGAGCUGAGAACGGAUAGAAACAUUAGUGGUUGUCAUGAUCGAUGAAUAAAAAUCAUUCAUAGGCGAUACAUCCUUAAUUUGUGCAAAAAAUGUAGUCGAUGCUUAAUUAUAGCAAAAAUGUCACAAUCCGUUAUACUGCACAAUUUAUUAAAACGAUUUCGUUUUUAACAAUGCUUAUAUGUAAUGCAUGGGAUGUAAUAUGUGAUUGAUUUUCUUGUUUUUUGCCUCUCAAACGUUUUUGUCCUAUCAACGUGAUUGAGGAUCACUCAGCCACAAGCGUAAAGUAUUCCCUAUCAUGGACCUUUAAUUACACCACUACUAAAACGCCUGCUAAAGAAAGAGGGUGGAGUCUUUUAAUUAAAGCUGAUUUCUCUAUUUCUCUGAUUUUUUUUUCUGAUCUGACGAAGUAACACCAAUUUAUGCGUAUGCAACAUGCGUAUUCGCUCUUCCGGAAUUACCUCUCGGAGCAGGGUGAUGAUUUAUUGUAACAUUAAAUAUCCAAGCUGUAGAAUAACAUAAACACAAGAGAAAAUGAUGAAAGAAAAAAAAACGUUCUGCUAUAAAUGUGUAACUCCUACAAGGGACUACUACACUCUAAAGACCAUAGGAAAAUUUAUCGAAAACUGCCAACAAACUGAAGGAAAAACAAACAAGGGGAACUAAGUAAAACUGCAAGAGCUGCAGCAGCAGCACAAUUGCAUAUAAAAUAUUCUAUUUAUAUACGCAACAGAAAAACUGUACUUUGUAUACACACCAAUAUGAUGGCUCCAUAACAUGAUAGGAAGGAGGUUAAGGAGUGUAAGGGGAUUAACAGUGUAAUCGAUGUAUCAUGUAUCGAUGAUAACACAUUUGCAGUGUGUGUCAAAUAGCAUUAGUAAACGAGCAUUCAAUACUGCAUGAUCGCGAAAACGAUUUUUCAAUGAUCCUGUAUCAGCUUUUUUACCGAUGGGGCUGAUUAUGUGGCAACAUGACCUCAAAUAAUACAGACUUAUUGCGUGCAGUGAGGCGCGUACUGUGCUGAUACAACCGAAUGGAAUUAACAAGGGAACCUGCAUGAGAGAAAAAAGGAAUUGUACCUGUUGCCGAACGAAGUAGGAUCAACUUAUAGCAAACGGUGUAGGGCAAGUAUAGCCAAGCCAGACAGCAACAGUUAACCAGUAGAGGGCCAUUGUAGAUUGUCAUCGCUGUAGAAUAAUAGCAUCAGUAGUACAUAUAUAGCCACUCCGUCAAAAAACAGUUUGUUGUGGAGUACUUUUAGUUGGCUGUACUGCUAUAGUGUUAGUAGUGCUACUAAUAUUGCCUACUAUUGCUAAAAAAUGAGAAAACAUGAGAUAGAGGAAGUGAUAACGUUCCUAGCACAUUCGCUCUAUCUCAAUCUCUGUUACCAUUGGAGGCCUCUUCUUUUUGUUGUAUGUAUAAUAUCAACAAAAAAUGAACGAGUACCGCGCAGAAAAGUAUAAUUGAAGGGAAUGGAGCGCAUACACAAAACAAAACAUACCAUCACGAAAAAAUGAAGCAAGUGUUAAAAGUACAGAACAGCGCGGUGUUUGUGUGCUGCGGGGGUAUUGCUGUAGAAAUGGCAAACAGCGCGAAAUAACAAAAAAAAAAAGAAAAAAAAAUAUAUAAUAGAGUGAUGGCCGAUUGUGUGUCGUAUGAGCGUUCACAAUACAUUGUAUAACUUGAUAGAGAGUAUUUGUAAGCUCUAUAUAGGAUUUAGUAAUUAGUAAAAAAAGAAAAAAAAAUAGUUGUAAGAUAAGCAGAAACAAGAUAAAUGACUUAAAAACAUGCAGUUCAUAAGAAAAAAAUCAUUCAUCAGCUGACUUGUAGAAAAAGCUGCUUCUUUGUAACGAAUGCAUCAUUCAAGCCUAGUGAGUAAGCAACGCAUCAAAACACACACUUCAUUCCCAAUGUGGAAGGGAAAAUACACAGAACAAUGGAGAUUUAUUACAAAAAAAGAAAACAAAGGUGUAUAAUCAUCUAUUCUCUGUGCCCGACUGGUCGAAAACGGAAUGCAGUAAUGCGAAAUAUAAAUGAUUCUAAACAAACAUUAUUCAUGUAUAGCUAUACAUUCAAAUAGGCAAAAAGUAAGCAGAUACAAGGAGAGUUUAUUUAAUAAACUCUAAGCUAGUAUCAGUAAGAAAUAUAUAUAGAAAAAAAGAAACUAGGCGUUAAAUAGUAAUGGAAGAUAUGCUAACCAUAAAAACAAACCAGAAAAUACACUUUCAAUCCAAACACCCUAUAUAGGCCGAUAAGGUGAAAAUCACAAACGAGAAAACAACUGUGUCUGUGUAGGUUAAUGGGAAGAGAGUGUAAAAUGCCAAAAUAAGCUUUACUUGAACGUUAUUUUCCUACUUAGUUUUAUGGGUAUAAAAAGAAGAAUAACUGGAAACAAAACUAACAGUAAAAAAAAUUACAAGGAAACAAACACAUACAGAUAAUAGAUAAGCUAACAAACCCAUUGCUGGUUUUCCGUUCGUUCCUCUUUAAAUACAAAAUAUCUUAUAUACAUGUAAUUAUGAAUAAAUUUAUGUACUAUAUCAUGUCACACAUAAAUAUAUGUAUUUACAUAUAUUUUUUUACAACAAUUAACAAAAAAAACAGGAAAAUAUUAGAAAGAAUAUAGAAGCUUAAGGAAGCGAUGUGACAAGAAGUAAAUUUAAACAAAACUUCCACAUAUGAAAGUGCACCUAAACACAUACAUACUUCUACAAAAAUACACAAUGAGGAGAAAAAGAAAUAGAAUACAAAAAAGGACAUAGAAAAAGUUAAAAUUAAAUAAGAAAACGAGCCAACAUACAACUGUAAGUGGCUUUUACCUUCUCUAUAUUACAUUUCGUGUUUCCCUUACUUCCCGCUGGUCCCCAAUCCCCGGUUUUCUCUUAAGAGUUUACUGGACUAGUACGUAAAUUAACGAAAGAAAACUUGGUUACCUGAACAAUCGAAUUCAGAUCAACGAAGCAAGUAGAACCCGCAUGCGGAGGCAAUCGUCACAACAACACAAGCCCCAAACGAUUCGCAGUGCGAUAAAGAGGCAAAGAGAGAGAAAAAAAAAAUUAGCAUUUUGUUAAACAUUGUGUUGGGUCGCAGUGCGUAGUAUAAACGUAAUGGAAUUAGUGCAAAAUUUAGUAAUGCAAAACAUGGAAGCGGCAACAGUAAGAACAACCUGAAAGGAUAGCGAAACGAAAAAUCACUAGUAAAAAUGAAGGAAAAAAAACAUAAAACUAAAAAAGCGCGGAACAAGGUAUAAAAACAUAGGAUACGUGAUCGACGAAAAAAAGUAAACCAAG